UUAAACGCAUCGCACUACACUGUUUUUAGACUACGCCUUAGACGCAUUGAAAGUGGUGUCUGCAAAUUACACUAAGGGUGUUCUCUAAAGACACAGGCCUAAAGACAACUGGACCUUCGCAACAGCCAAAAACUAAAUUCUAUCAGCAUGGCAAGCAAAUACGAGCCUGACAGUUUUGAACGUGACAUUGAUCAUGUUUUUGAUCAUGACAUUGCUGUCAUGAUCAGGUCGGGAUACUCUCAAGGGAAAUGGCCCAAGGACCGGUUUGAAUGGCCCAAGGAAACCAUUCUCAUUGUGCAAAGUCCAGAAGGGACCCCCAAGAUGUAUUACAACAAACCUAAUGAGCUUCAUGCUGAGCUUCUUUUCCAAGCUGACCUUAAGGCUGACCUUGAGGCUGACCUUGAGUCUGACCUUGAUUCAGCGAAUAAGUCACCUGAGUCAGCGAAUAAGUCACCUGAGUAUACAUGUACACUCUACAUCAACUACUCCCCGUGUGGUGACUGUGCUGACAAGAUCAUACAAUUCAUAGAAAAACAUGACAAGGUCGAGUUUAACAUUCACUUUGCCAAGACCUUCACAGAUAAAACCGGCCGCAACAAGUUAAAGGGUAAUGAUAGGAUUACCUUGUCACCCAUGGAUAGUUCUGCAUGGAAGAAGGUGACACUUUUAAUGCUGGACUAUUAUAUUGGAAAAAUGCAAAAGUCUAAACCAGGAGAAGACGCAGAUGAAAGCUUGGACAUUGAAGGCAGUGACAUUCAAAAACUAAAAAAAAUGGAAAACUUGAAAGAAAAGAUUCAAAGUAUUGAAUCAGGAUAUGAAGUACUCAAAAAAACAGUUGAAGACUUGGGCAUUGACAUCAAGCCUGAUGACUGGAAAGAACAGAGAGAGAAAGCAGAUGAGUAUGAAAAACAAGACAUUAAGAAUUCGGUGAACAAACUCUAGGUGUUCGGUUCCUGGGAGUAAAAGCCUGGUAUAAAAAACAAAUAAUGCACCUUGCUUUGUUCUCAAGAUUUGUACUAAAUGAUCAAAAUUGCAAAAAUUGUCAAAACAUUAUGAGGAUGUCAUCAUGACAUCAUUUUGAGUUCAAGAAGUUAAUGUCAUCGACUUACAAUACACCAAGUUUCACCUCAGUCGAACUUUUGGUUUGGCAUACACACAGCUUUGAAAAGUGCACCUUUAAAGCAAUACCACGUGACACAUGAUGACGUCAUGAAGCUAAGACUCCACAGAUAUGUUGCUGUUAUGAAGGAGAUUAUGUUUACCAAUUUUGAAACAAUUGUCAUAAACUCUUUGACACAAACAUCUAGUAAAAGUGUAUCUUUAGAUGUUUUUUUGGUGACGUCAUCGGUAUUAUUUUUUUUAAACCAGACCUUUGGCAGACUUGUAUGCUGUGAUGGUAAAGCAUCAACUGAUGUAUAUUUCAACCUAAAAGCCAUUGUCAAGUUUUGAUCACUUGCAUGAUUUGGUACUAAUGGAAGAAUUUAAGAGUUGUCUUCCAAGUAAUAUUAGAACACAUUUAUAAGCAAUCAUUAUUCACACUAAAGGAACACGUUGCCUUGGAUCGGUCGAGUUGGUCUUUGAAAAGCGUUUGUAACCGUUUGUUAUAAAAUGCA